AUGCUCCCCAUUUUGUCUGCUCUCGGCCGGCCAUGCGGCCCGCUUCUUCACCACUUGGCGCCCCGGCGCUUUGCGGCUCCGCGUCUUUCGCCCUCCCUGGCGUUUUCGCGUCACUUCUCUGCAUCCGCGCCGUCGUCUUCCGUGGCGAAAGCGUCUCAGAAGCCUGCUCCUGCGACCAAGGAUGGCCACGAGUCCCACCAUGACGCGAACAACUUCUACGGCAUUCCCGUUCACCACCACGGUGACCCCAGACACCACCUGAACCCUGACGGCACAAUGCGUCCCUUGACAACCGCAGAGACGUUCCACUGGGAACACGCAGAGGCGGACACGCCGCCGCAGCAGACCGUCUCCAUCAACGGCCAAAAGAUGGUCAAGGGAGUCGAGACCCGCGACUUCGUCGAGCUCUUCCUCAUCUACCAGAAAAACAUCCCCUUCUGGCCGAGGAUGCGCAUGAACGUCUGGGGAAACUACGACUUGCUCAUGAAGGCCGAAUUCCUUUUCUUCUGGACGCCCACCUUCAUCAUUUGGUCGCUCGCCAUCCCGGUGUUCACGCUGCUGUACAUGGCCGACGAGUCCGUGUACGCCGCCAUGACUGUGAAAGUGAUCGGCCGACAGUGGUAUUGGAUUUACGAAGUCGAGUCUCCUGUCGACGACGACGAGUGA